AUGGAGCUAUGCGGCCGUCAGAAGGUUGUCCAGCGCAAGAUGGUGCUGCUUGGCGACGGUGCCUGUGGCAAAACUUCGGCCCUGAACGUGUUCACAAGAGGCGCGCUCUCCACAAACACGGGACUAAUGCGCCUACCAGAUAUCUUCGUCGACAAUGUACAUAUGGAACUUUCGCUUUGGGAUACCGCCGGUCAGGAGGAAUUCGACCGUUUGCGCGCACUGUCAUACGAGGACACGCAUGUCCUGAUGCUCUGCUUCAGUGUCGACAGCCCCGACUCCUUCGAGAACGUCGGGUCCAAGUGGAUCGCAGAGAUCAAUGAGAACUGUCCCGGCGUCCGGGUAGUUCUCACGGCCCUCAAGUGCGAUCUGCGCAAGGACGACGAAGAGAACGACAAUCCAGGGGCGAUCUCUUUCGAUCAGGGUCUGGCAAAGGCUAAGGAGAUUGGCGCUGUUAAGUACUUGGAAUGCUCUGCUGUUCAGAACCGCGGCAUCAGGGAAAGCUUCUACGAAGCCGCCAAGGUUGCGCUGGAUGUUAAGCCUACCGGGUCUAAGGGAUCCGGUUCGUCUUGCGUGAUCCUCUGA